AUGGUUGACAAAUGGAUUGGAUACCUGGGUGAAAAGAAUGUGCGCAAAAAUACCCUCUUUACUCCCAAGCAACGCAGCCCUAGCGGGCCAAGGCUGGUUCCUCGGAAGGCGCUUCGAAAAGAAAGCCGCUUUUGGGACCAAGAGGGAUUUGCUUGGCGUGGAGCGAAACGUGGCACAACUUCCCUUCUCAUGGGGCCUGACAGGACUGCACUGUACAACAAGAUGAACAAGGAGAGGGGUAGACUGUCCAAAGAAAUCAACCAAAAACUGGACGGCAUGGUGGGCUUUCUUCUCCUGCAGGCCUUGUCCCGGCUCGUUGCUCAACUUAAGCUUCGCGGGAUGGACGAGGGAACAAAAUGGAAGAAACUCAUGUCCGCCUGACCUGUCCUGCCAUUUUUUCCCCCCAAUGCUAAUCCUGACGUGGGCCAGGCCGGCCAUUGAUUGUCACCCGAUGGGUA